AUGUAGAAUUUAACUUAUGCAACUUUGGAAUAAACAUUGUAAUUAAAAAAACAUUUUACUACGAUUUAGAAGUUAUUGAAUAAGCUAGGAGAAUAGUUUUAAAAGUGUUUAUCUGAUUCAUUAAAAUAAAUUGAGGAGAUUUUAAAUUAAAUAGAUAAUGGUGAUUAAAAUUAUUAAAGAUUACUGAGUUUUUAUAAUAAACCAAGUGAAAUCUCUUCAAUUGAUUUGGAAUUAAUUAUUAGGUCAAUUCACUAAAAUAAAUUAGAAAAAUGGAUUAUUGACAAAGAAUUGUUGAUAAAUCCAAUAAUAGAUAUGAAAUGCUCUAUUGAAUAGCAUUUUAGAAAUUUUUAAACAAAAAUAUCUGAAUAAUUAAAAUUACUUUCCUCAAAUAAAGUAUUAUCAAGUAUUAUUAUUCUAGUUUAAGCAUAAAAGAAAACA